UUUCUUUAAUCGGAACAGAAACAAAAAUUUCAGUCUUUAAAAAACUGACCUUUCACCAAACACUACCUUUACAGUUACACACACCUGACACCUCAUACUUUUUUACUUUUAGCAAAACCACCGCCACUCUCUCUGGUUCCGUCGCUGGCGCAGCCAUUAACUCCGCCGGCGCUCUCUGCUUUUUCCGUUUUCAGUCAUCCCUUGCCCAAAUUCUAUCACGCAUGAAUGUAGAAAUUUAAAUUAAAAAAUGGGGCCUGACUUGGAGAAAUCAAAAGCUAACACAAUUGGAAUUUUAGCUAAUAAUAAAGAUAAUCAAGACAAGAACCACAACUGUAAUUUUAAUGAACAACAGGGUGGUGCUACUGGUGCGGCUUUAGAAGAGGAUAUUGAGGUUAAUGUAGUUGAAUGUACAAAAUCUUGUUAUGCAAGUGGGCAACUUGAAGCUAGAUGUGAGCAAGACGAGGAUGGUACGGAGAGUAUGAGUUCUUUUGGCGACACGAUAUCUGAUAAUGAAAAUGAGAAUGGUUCUUUGUUUGGUGAAGUUGAAGUUAAUUCGCAAUUUUGUGAUGGUGAUGUCUCGUUGUUUGAUGGGUUUGAUGGAGCAUUGCCAAUGAGGAGGAAAAAAUUGACAGACCAUUGGAGGAGAUUCAUACGCCCUCUCAUGUGGCGAUGCAAGUGGAUAGAAUUGCAAAUUAAAGAAUUUCAGUCUCAAGCAUUAAAGUACGACAGAGAGCUUGCAGAACAUGCACAGAGAAAACAGUUUGAUUUUGAUACUUUUUUAGUAGAAGGAUUUGAUACGAAGUCCCUACCCUUUUCAAGUUGUACUCAAAGGAAAAAAGUUAUGAAGAGAAAAAAAAGAAACAGAGUUGAAGAGAUGGUGGAUAUAAAAUCGCAUAUGCUACAACACAAUUUGUUCUCCUAUUAUGAAAUUAGGAAGCCUCCAGGCAAUGGUGCUUUAAUGACUGAUGAUUGUGAUAAUCUAGGUAAGGCGGUCAAUGCUAAUGAUGAGCUAGAGUUUCAAGAUGGAUGGACAUCGCUUGAAUCCAAACCUGAAGAUAAUAUCCAAGAAAAUAUUCUCUUGAAGAUUGAAUUGUUACAAUUGCAAGUCCGUAAGCUGAAGGCUCGGAUUGAAAAGGUGGUGAGUGACAAUCCUGGGAGGUUCUCUUCUGUUAAUAUGCUGAGCAUGCCUGCAUCUGGUGAUGCACUGACCAGCUCGGAUCAGAAUAUUGCUUCUUCCUCUGAAGAUGACGAUGGAAUGCAUGUAAGAUCUCUUUGCACCUUAUCUCCGCAUAGGUCCGACUUUAAUACGAGAGAUCUUAUACCUGACAGUGUGGUUUCAAGUCACGGAGAGGUUGCCCCUCUUCCUGAUAUGAUCAAAAGCACAAAUCAGAUGCUGGUUGGAAUGUCAGGCGAAAAAACUGCGGAGGAAAUUCUCAUACACAAUAAAGCAGCAAAGGAAGAAAUGCAUAACUUUGAAAUCAUCGAUAGUCAGCACCCGGAGAAAGGUCAAGAACCGAUGGAAAAGGACACAGUCCAGGUCUCUGAAGAAAACAAGUCUACAGAGACAUUUUUGCCUCGUGCGAAUUUUGGUGAGAAAACACUUCCAAAAUCCAGGUCCACUGUUUCUGAUAACAAGAGAACACGGGGAAGGAGAAAAACUCGCAGAGGUGGCUGGAGUCGUAGGUCAUAAACUUAGCUGGAUAGGAAAUAGUCGGUUGUCAAUCAUAGGAUGAAACCGCUCUUCUAGCUGAUGUUUUCAGCCACAUCUGUUGCAAGAUGAUAGUUGUAUAUGUUGCUGCUGCUUAUUCUGAUCUAUAUUUUCCCUUCUGGUACAAAAGUUUGUACAUGCUGUGAAUUCUUGGAUCCCUUAUCCUUAUAUAUAUAAUUAGUACAUCUAAUUUUUCCUUAAA